UAACUAGAAAUAUUGACAUUGUUCGUCCAUUUUGCUUUGAGUUUGUGUAUUUGUAUUCAAAUAUUUACGUAUUAAAAGUAUAAGAAUUAUGAGUCGUUCAAAUCGGUAUUGUUCCGUUCCUCAAUGUUCCUCCUGGGAAAAGAAAAACACAGAUGUUACUUUCCACGCUUUCCCCCAAACCGGGGACAAAUAUCCUGUGCGGAUAGAAGGAAAAUUGGGAAGUAAAGUGUUAAUGAAGAGACAGGAAGCUUGGAAAUUAAAGCUGAAAAUUGGUAAACCCAUAACAAAAAACAUGAAAGUAUGUUCACUGCAUUUUACCGAUGAUGAUUAUUUUUAUAGGGAUUCUAGUUCAAAACAAAGAAGAUUUUUAAAAAAGACGGCCGUGCCAUCCAAAAGGCUUCCUAUUGGAUCAACUGCAAUAAAGGAAGAAGCUGAAUGUUCUAGUAGCAGGACAGAACGAUUAAACCAAAGAAAUUCCAAUAAAGAAAAUCCUGGUGUAGAAUGUGUUUGUGAAGAAAUAAAUCCUGCUGCAGAAACCUCUGAAAAUGAAAUUGAAGCAGCACAUGGCCUAUUACAGCUUCUUCAGAGUCAGCCCAAUUAUAAGGGACCCAAGUCAUUUAUGCCCGGUUGCACCAACAGAUCUUAAGCUUAAGUCGAGAAUAUCAUAAGAAUUAAUAUAAUAUAAUUAUAAUAUAUUACAAUAAGAAUACCAUAAUAUAAUAAUAGAUAUAAUUGAUAAUAAGGUAAGAAUCUAAAAUUAUGGUGCAACGUAAGUGAUACUCAAGGAGGCCCUAUUUAUAAGCAGAGCUUAGCUAAUCUGGAACUUAAGAUCUGUUGGUGCAACCAGGCAUUAAAGAUUUUCAAGUCCAAGUGGAUACACCUAAAGUGUCUACUGUCUGUGAUCUAAUAACAACAGAUAGUGCUCUGAAUAGUUUUACUGGCCUCAAUAGUUUCAAAUUAUUAGAUACAAUAGUGGAAGCAGUAUGUUCAGUUUACAGUGAUCAGAGGUCACAUCGUUUAAGUAUUAAACAACGUAUCUUUUUAGUUUUCACAAAAUUGAAGUGUGAUCUAACUUAUGUAACAAUAUCGCUUUUAUUUGGCAUUUCACAAGAAUUGUGUAACAAAUACUUUAACGAUAUGUUACCCAUUUUAAGUAAAGUCUUGAGUUCAGUAAUAAGGUUUACAGAUACUACUGAAAUACAGAAAAACAUGCCUGAAUGUUUUGAAAGUUUUCAGAAUGUUGAGAGUGGUAUUAGAUUGUACAGAAAUUUUCAUACAAAAGCCAAAAUGCCUUUGCUGUCGAAUUAGAUUCUAUUCUCAGUAUAAAUCUAAUAACACUGUUAAAUUUAUGACAGGUAUUUCCCCAGGAGGUUUAAUUACAUUUGUUAGUGAACCAUAUGGUGGAAGAGCCUCUGAUAAAACUAUUUUCGAACAAAGCAACAUAAUUUUAAAGUUGGAUAGUUCAAAAGAUGCUGUUAUGGUCGAUAAAGGCUUUUUAAUAGAUGAUAUUUGUAACCAAUUCAAAAUAGAAUUAAUCAGACCACCAUUUUUAAAAAAUAAAAAACAGUUUAGUACAGAUGAGGCAUUACUAAAUGCUAAAAUAGCAGCUGCUCGAGUACACAUUGAACGUGUUAACCAACGUAUUAAGAUUUUUAAAAUUUUAGGAUGUAAGCUACAGUGGUCUGUAGUAAAAAACAUUAAAGAUAUUUUUACAAUUGCCUGUGCUAUAACAAAUUUGUCAAGUUCAAUAUUAGCAGACCGUAGAUAUUUAACGAAUUAAGUUAUGUUUUUUUUAGAAUAGAAUAGAAUAAUUUUUAUUUGCAUUAAAUUUUUACAUAUUUUAGCAAAUAACGUCAAGUUAUUAGUAUGUAGAUAUUAAAUAACUGUUAUUAUGUUUUUUGUUAAAUAUUUAAGUAGUUAGGUUAGGUAUUUCAGUGUUUAGAUCAAAAACUUAAUUUUUGUUUAAAUAAAAAUAACUUCCUAAAGUUUUACUGUUGUACUAGAGUACUUUCAAGUUUUGUGAUAUUGGUAAAAUCAAAUGAAAAUAUUCUUUUGUGACAUAAUUUUUUUAUAAUCCAUCACUGGACACUGUUCCUUUUAGGGCAAAACCAGACGGACCAUGCUGCAGUGUUAUGCUGUGGAUCCACAAAAGUAGUUUCCGAUGGUUUACUGUGGGUUCUUACAUGUAGAGUGGAUGUUACACCCCAGACGAGCGACUGUAGCUGGCCACAGUCGCUCGUCUGGGGUGUACUCUCCAAUAUACCUAAGAACCCACGGUAAAUCAUCGGAAACUACUUUUGUGGAUCCACAGCGUAGCACUGCAGCGUGGUUUUUCUGGUUUUGCCCUUAUUUUCAACUUAAUGUGUAGUUCUUUACUGUUAGCUUAGUACAUUAAUCAAAAAUAAAUUAAAAAUCUUUUUUAAUGUACUAACAAUUUAGUGAGAAAUUGUAUUUAGUAAAUAUAACAUUUGUAAUUAAUAGUAAUGAAAAAAAAUCAGCAUACACUCCGUACAAUAUACUGUUCACUUCCUCCAUGUCAUAGCAUGUGACGUCACAUGAGACCAACACGAAAUGUUUAAAUAAUAGGUCUGUUUCUAUUUAGAAUUGUUUAGCCGAGUACACUGGAAUUAAAGCCACUAGACAUAUUUUAUUAUAUAUGUGUAGAAAUAAUAUUGGAAGAUUUCUUUUAAUGUAAAUUUAAAGAAACAUACCCUAACUUGUUUCAUUUAAUUUGUAUAAGUGGAAUAUAAAGUGUUUUUAUAAAGCUUACUUGUUAGGAGUAUACUCUAACUGCAAUCGAACAAAGGUAACAUUUUGGCAUAAAUUUUUUUUAUUUAAUUUCAAAUUUACAAUCUGCUCCACACUAACAUUGUAACAUUUAGAGUAAUAAGUAAAUAGUCGGAAAAACGAAAGAAUACCCAUGAACGAACAUAUAAAACACGCUGUAUUUUCCUGCCACUGUGUCACACAAAAAAUUGGCCAGCACAAGUACAUGUAAUAAUUAUUGUUACAUGUACUUGCACUGGACAAUUUUCUUUGUGACACGGUGACAGAAAAAUACAGGGUGUUUUAUAUGUUCGUUUAUGGGUAUUCUUUCAUUUUUCCGACUGUAGUUUGUAGUAUGUAUGUACCUGGUACCAUUCAGCAAUUGCUCUCCAUACAGUUACUCAAGUAGGUUUCUUAUGAACAAAUUGUCAUGAUCUGAUGUUUGUUCUUUAUAUUUAUUCAGUCUAGAUGAUAUUUCAUCGGCUUACUGCCAAAACCAACCAACUCCAUUUUUAAAAGUUUUGAGAAACCUACCUUUAAACUUUAAUUUGAAAUGAAAAAUCAUCUGAAUUUAAAUAAUGAUUUAAUAAUUGAAAGGUACGACAAAAAUAUUUUUCAGUUAUUAAAUAAUUUUUUUAAAUUCAGUCGAUUUUCAAUUUCAAAUUAAAGUUUAAAAGGUAGAUUUCCCAAAACUUUUAAAAUGGAGUUGGUUGGUUUUGGCAGUAAGCCGACGAUUUCAUCUUUUAUUAAUGGGGUUUUUAGAUCGCUAUGUAUGAUUAGAAUUGUUACAUACUAAGGUGCUCCAGAUAUCAUACGAAGUGUCUUUUACUGAAAUGACUAAUAUUUUGAUAUUUGAUGGCUUUGUACAUCCCCAGAGCUCAAUCCCAUAUGUCCAAAUUGGCUUUUGUAUAUAUUUGUAGAUGGUCAGUUUGUUUUCAAGUGAUAGUUUGGACUUUCUAUUGAGUAUCCAGUAUAUAUUUUUACUUUUCAGAUUAAGUUGGCUUCUUUUUGCUUUUUUGUGUCUUACAUGUCAGUUUCUCAUCCAAAUCUAGAAAGGAUAUCCAGGUGAUAUUGCAGCUUCUCAGAUGUUCUCAUCGGGUCCAUGUCCGAGGUUAUUAUUGCUGUAUCAUCUGCAAAUGUAGCUGUUGCAAUAUUGUCAGUUUGUGGGAGGUCUGCAGUAAAAAUUAGAUAGUGAUUUUUUAAUCCGUUGGCAUUCCAUACAGCAAUUCUUAAUGAGGAUGCCAUUAUUUAGCCAACUUAUUUAUUACUGUUGUAAGCAUGGUUAGAAUCAUGAUAUUCUGAUUUAGUUCUUAAAUUCAGAAAUCUUUGGAAAAAUUUAGUUCUUAAAUCCUAGAAAAAUUGUUGCUUCUCUGACAGUUACUCAAUACCAUUUGUCUUUCGUCUGGUUGUUUAGGGCUUACGCCUAAGAAAAAGGAUUAUGUUGUAAAUUUUAUUGUUGGUCUGGAACCUAGAAUUGCUAGGUGUUGAUUAGCUAUUCAGGAGCAGCUGGAUUUUGAUUAGCUAUUUAAUUUCCAUUAUUUUUGCAUUUUAUUUUAAUUAAAUCACCAUAGACAGUACUUCCUUUAUAAUUUACCAGGUGUUCACCAUUGCAUAAUGCACAUCUUGCAGGAGUGUUUUUGGUGUAAGGCUAUAGGUCAAUGAAGUUUUAUGAAACUGGUUCCUUACUAUGUGAUGUGCAUAGUAUUUGUAACAUUUUUUAUUUUAUGGUCUUGUUUUUCAAGUUCAGCUUUUAUUUCAGAUGUAGGUAUUGAAUGGUGUAAACCUCUUAUAACCACCUAGUACGUUCUUUCUCCCUUCAACUGGUAUGUGUGGUGGAUUUGGCAUAAAUUGGUAACAUUCUUUAUUAGACAGUUGCGGUAUUGACACUUCAGAUUUGUUUUUAUUCUUUUAAGUAUUUGUUUUAUUACAUUUAUUAUAAAUUAUGUGAUAUAUUUGAUUUUAAAUGAAUUCAAGAAUUUUUUGUAAUUGGGCAACAAUGUCAACUUAGAUCUCUGACGUAGAUAAUAACAUAUAACGGUAUCAAUAUUGUACGAACUGUAUAUUAGUAUCAGUAUUAUUUUAAGUCAUUCUUCAUUUUAUUUUCUUGUUUCUCCUUGAUGUUAUACUGAUGAAAGCAAAUGAAGUACAUCCUGAUAAAUGAGUUUCAUUGCCUUUAAUUAUUUAUUUGUCAAGUUGUAAAUAAAUGGGAUAAGUAGGUAGCGUUUUAGUUUUAAGUAGGGAAUGAUGGUAAACAUUUGCCUUUGAAUAUUAUCAUUUUUAUACAAAUAUAUUUGAAUUAUUCAAUAAGAGCUUGUAUAAAUCCAGUUUGAUUAUUAAUUAACAAACAAUUGUGGAUAUGUGACUUUAUUGUUUUCCUAAAAAUAAAAUAUUUGAUAUCCUUUGUUGCAACUGUAUAAAUUUAAAGGGUAAUGUGGAAUGGUAAUAAAAAAAUCUUUCAGCCUAACUAUAGUUUAUUAGAUUUACAAACAAC